GGGAGCUGUAGUCCGGCGGGCGCACGGCCUCCCUCCGCCCCGCGCUCCCGCCGGUUGCCGCCGGCCUUUGCCCGAAGGCCGCGGCGGCUCCGCUGGAUUCCCUCCGACCCGCUGUCUGCCGGCGGGCAGCCUUACUCGCCCUAACCGGGCAUGCAGCGGCUGCUGCGGCGGCUUCUCCCCGCUCUUUACUCGGCGCGGCCGGCGGCGGCCCGCGAUCUCCUCCUCGCCCGGCGGGCUGUGCCCGCGCUCUCGCGUCUCAUGGCGCUGCGGCCGGCGGCGGGAGCGGAGGGGGGCGAUGGCGGCGGGGACCUUUCCCGCGCAGCCGGCGCGACGGCGGAGCACGAUGGGCUGGAAAAUGUACAGCAAAAGAAAAUCUUUAAGGAGAAUAAGAAAAGGACACAACAGAGAAAAGAGCCAUGUCAUGCUGAUUCGGUAGAAUCUCUGAUGGCAGAAAUGCCUUUUGUCGACACAGAUAUUGAAGAUGAAUUUGUUAUGCAUGCAACCUCUGAAAUAAAUAUAAAAAAGAAAAGAAAGAGGACUACUGGAAGGGAAAUUGAAGAAGGCGAUGAGAGAAAGAAGAAAAAGAAAAAACAGUAUCAGCCAAAUUAUUUCAUUUCUCUUCCAAUUACCAAUCCAGAGAUUACUGGCAGUAUUCAGGCUGUCCAAGAUGCAAUAAUACAAAAGGAUCAAAGGCUUUCCAAAGCAAUGGUUCAGUCUGGCUCAUUGCAUGUCACCAUGCUAGUGAUGCAUUUAUCCAAUGAAGAAGAAAUUAGCAUAGCAGUUGGUGCUCUUUCAGAUAGCAAGGAUUUUGUAGAAGAUCGCCUGAAAGGAAAAACCGUGGAUUUGUCUUUCCAAGGAAUUGAUCACUUCAAAAAUGAAGUUGGAUUUGUGAAGCUGGCAGAAAAUGAUCAUACAACUAUACUUGCGGAAAUAGCAGAGACUAUGAAGAAGAUAUUUCAAGAAAAGGGCAUCUUUGCAGGAGAAGAAAGAGCUUUUAAACCACAUCUGACCUUCAUGAAGUUGUCAAAAUCAACACAGCUACGUAAGCAGGUGAAAAAAAUUGACUCAAGCUUGUAUGAAGAUUUUAAAAGCCAUUAUUUUGGAGUUGAAAUCCUGCACCGCCUAGAUCUUUGCUCCAUGUUGAAAAAAAAGCAACCAAAUGGUUACUACUACUGUGAGUCCUCUAUUGUUUUUGGUGUAACCUUGGAAAACAUUUACCCAAGUUUUAUGGUUACAGUAAGAUCAUAAGAGUGAUUGUUCUGGACCAGAUUUAAGAUCCCUCUCCCCAGCAUCGUAGGCUCAGGGUGCUUAAUAAAACCACUAGAAAAGGGCAGGUGUAAGAAUGUGUUUCCUCAAAAUACAGCUCCAAUGCUGCAGCAGUUCAAGGCUUGUGGACUUGGUGAAGCGGGUUGGCAUCCUUGAUGAUUAGAAGUCUUCAAUAAAUUUUUCUUCCAAGAAUUUUUUCCAGUCACCUCUUGAAUCCAUAUAAACUUUUAGUAUCUGUACUAUCUUUUGGCAAGGAGCUUUACAGCUUAAAUAUGUAUUUUUUUGAAGAACCUUGUUAGCCACGCCAGCAAAUACAAUUUGGUUUGGUGAGUACUAUCUAAAUAAACAGUUCUUCUGCCACACUUGAUAGAAAUCAAUUCCCAGAAUGUACUCUGGGGAGCAAAGAGCUAGAGUAUUCUGCAGAGAAGGGAAGUAAAGAAGUAUGUGUCCUCACCACUGGUUGUGGGACAGAUAUACAAGUAAAGCAUGAGUAGAAGCUGUUAUGACUUAGGCAUUUAGGACCUUCACAACCUAUUCUUUCAGUUGUCUCGGUGAAUGAUCAUGUAACCACUCUAAGGCUGGGGAGCUUUCUACAGGGAUGCAGAUGCCUGAUUCAGCAUCUCCAAAUGCUGCUUUUAUGUAUAUUCAUUUAUGCAUCCUAUGUUGAGUACUUCACCAGACGACACCUUUUAAAUAACCAGUGGCUUAACUAGUUUUUUUCUUUGUUUUUAGGUACAUAAAAUGAAACCAUAUUGAUAUUAUUAUCCUGAUCUCAUGCAAGAGAUCCCUCAGGUUCCUAUAAAUUUGAAGGAAGUUAUGCUUGCAAAUGGAAAUAAUAGUUUUAGAGGUUGCAUAAAUUUUGAUAAAAUUUGUGAAGACUUUGUUUCUAAAUUAAAAGUCUCAGGGUGGAAAUCUGUUUAUUUAAAACAAAAAAACCCAAUGUUAUUUCUUCGCUCAUUCAACAAUGUUAAAUUCCAGUGAAGUUGGUGGGGGUUUCGAAAUUUGGCUUGCUAUGUUUAAGGAGGGGCUUUUGAGAGAGUGUAUAUUCAAAAAAAAGACUAGUAUAUAGUCUAACGAUUAAUUCUUCGUAUUUCUGAGAUCAUGAGGGAAUUCCCUGUAUGAUAACCCUGGAGUUAGACCUCUUAUUGAUUUGCUGAUGUCAGUGCUAAAUAAGUGCUUUUUCAUUUUGGAAAUGAUCUCAAAUGAUCUUUAACUGCUUUUUGAAGUGACCUCAUUGGAAGCUUAUUUCUGGUCUAAAGUUGUAUGUUUGUUUAUUUUAACUUCAUAGCGUGACACUUUUUAAUGUGGCAUAGAAGAAAGCAUUUUACAAAAUAAGCAUUAUUACACUUCAUUUUAGCUGUAUGUGUGUUAGCCCAUUUGCUACCUGAUAGGAAGCCAAGGAUUAGAGUCUUCAUUGUACUGGCCAGAAAUUGUUAAAAAAGGCUGUGAAAUAUUGAACGCAUACAAAAUUACUGUGUCAGACAAUUACUGAUGUGGAAUAAGGCUGGUCACAUCAAAAUAGAACAUGAAACUUAUUUGCAUUCUAAAAGAUGUGAUUUACAACUUGAGAGGGUGGAGCAUAGCAAUGUGAACACUUUUACGUGUUUUGAUUUAAUGAGAUUAAGCACUUAAUUUGUUGUUUGAUAGCUAUUAUACACUAUUACUUAUGGUGCAUAUUGACUAUAACACAUGCAAAUAGUUGUGGAAACAAGGAAAUCAACACAGGGCCUGGGGCUACAUACUCAAUGCCCAGGAAGCAGGCAAGCUCCAACACACAGCCAGGCCAGUGACAUUCAGUCCAGAUCUCGCUCUUUUGGGCCUGACCAAAAAUUGCCCAACUGUAUCAAACUAGGGAUUGCUUUUUGAGGGUAAAGGAAAGUUCAGUGAAUGAAAUGCAACUAUUUUAUUUAGGUCUUAAGCUGAUUUUGAAAAUCCUGCAAGUUACAUUUGCAAAUCAAUUACUUGGUCAAAUUUGCAGUUUGUUAUAAGUUAUCAUGAAUUAUUUUGCAUUUAUGUGGCUAUAGUACAAAAAAUGCAUUGUCUGGCUUUCAGUCAUGAGAGACAGGACAGGUUUGCCUACCACAAGUAGUAGGUCAAUCCCUGUUGUUAAACAGCCCUUGUACAUUUGCCAGGCUGUCUAACUAGUUUCCGAUACUGAUAGCUCCCUGUCCUGCAGGUUGUGUGUCCUUUUCACUUAUGUUUUGUGAGGUUUUAACUCCUAGCUGAUCAAAGUGAUACCUGGCCUGGUACUAUAAAGACACUAUCCUUUUCCCUUCUUCUUCCCUAAAUGUGAAAACACACCUGUCAGCUGAGCUUGGCAAGUCCUAUAUACACUCCAUUCUCCAGUGCUUGUAUUGUUUCCUGUCUUACCAAUCUCCCUGUGUAAUGUUGUUUCUUCACUCCUAAGCAUACAUUCACUCAUACGCACAAGAUAUGCACAAAGAGGUGUGUGAUGUGGAUGAAAAAACAAAAAACACCUUGAAGGAAAGGUGCAUUCCUCAGAAUGACAUUUGGAAUAACAACUAAGUGUUAUUUGUCUUUUUCCCUCAGAACUUCAGAGUACCCAUGAUUGGGUUGCUAAGAUUGCUUCCAUUCACUAUUGGAAGAAAGAAAAUUUAGUGGUCCCGACCAAAACUAAAUGUUUAAUACUUACCAUGUCAAAGUUGAAAGUUAUACAAGUCCUGCAACCAACAACAUCAGGUUUGAUGACCAAGAAAAUAAGCCUAACCAAGGCCUGAUGACAGCCAAGACUGUCAUUAGUGUUUGUGAAUCAUGACUAUCUCUACUUGUGUGUCCAUUCUUGGGACUGACAAUGGCUGUUGAAAAUAAUCGCUCAGUAAUGAAGCUAGACUGCUGGAAGAAUUGUACACACCAGUGAAGACCAAGAGAAAGUAGAGAUUUAAGGGAAAUCUGGGAAAGAAAAUAGGGGGUUUAGAUGAACUGUUAAGUUAACUUCAUUGCAAGGUAUCCGGGAGGGCAUGAUAGAAGAACCGACUUUUAAAUAGGAGGAAGGAGAUGUAAAAAAGCCUUCAGCAGUGGAUGCCUAUCUGUGGUCUCAGAAAAUGGAGAAUAUAGUCAUCUUGAAGUAAAGAGAAUAAAAAUAAUGGUGACUGUGAAAUUGGGGAGUUUUUAGAACGAUGUUAGAUGUAUCCACAUGCCUUAGGCAAUCCUUCUUGAAAGUAAAAUGUCUCUAUGUUUUUGGUUGGGUUUUUUUGUUUGUAGGUUUGUUUUAUUUUUAAUUAAUAACUACUUUUAGAAAAUAGUCCUACAUUGUAUGAACAUGUUUUGCUGAAUUUCCUCCAGUCAUUUCAGGUGGCGUUUGGCUUUUAACUGAGAAGUGAAAUUCAAUUUUUUUUC